AUGUCUCCCCGGUUUGUCGCGCAUCCCAACGACAAUAUGGCUCGCUCUCCUUAUGGCACUUCGAACAUCCAUCGUCUGCGCACCAACAGUUCCCCGAGCUGCUUGCCUACUACCUCUGAUGCGCAGGUGUCACAUGCAGAGUCCAAGUCGAAUACGUACCCACUUCUCACACCCUCUGGCCGAGCCUUGAGUGUCGGCGGUCGCGUCCAGAAUGUUUCAGGUGACCCGCUCUCCCCGUGCAUUAUGUAUUGGCCGGACAACGAACCGCUUCCGGAGCAGGGUCAGAUUCGUCCGUCUGGUUCUGUCGUCAUAACUUAUCCGCCUAUCAUUAAUACCGGAAACAAGGGGGCUGCAGAAAAGCAGCCGGGCGAUUGGAUUUGCCAUAAGUGCCAUUACCUCAAUUGGCGUCGCCGAAAGGUUUGCCAGACAUGUUUCCCCUAUGCAGAAGGCAACGGCGAUUCUAUAUCUACAGCUGUUCAGGCUGAGCGAAUUGCCCUACUUGAGAAUGUUCUCGCGUCCCAGUUCGAGCGGACCAUGAAGCCCGACCAGUGGAGUCCUGUCCUAAUGCCUCGCGAGGUCCCAGCUCCUAUGAGCUCACGUAAGCCGAGCUCUCCCGUGUCGCCCAUGUCGCCUAUGUCCCCCAUGCUGCCUCCGUCCUUCUGGGCAGCCAACCUGCACCGCCGCGCAUCCCUUGGGACGGGAGCCCAGGAUCACACCAUCUACCAGACUACAGACCACGAUGUGCGGUCUCCGGUCUCGAACGCUCCCCAGCCCCCGGUCCCCACGACGCCGACGACCCCGCUGCUUCCGUCCUUCUUGCAGGACAUCGUCCAGCCGCCGUCGCUUUCGCCCUCAACGUCUACGUCCUCCGCCGAGCUAUCGCUAGAAGAUCUUGACGACGCGACGCUGCGCUCUUCUCGCUUGGAUGGCUACGGAGUUAAUCGACCUUACAGUGGCAGCACGUCCUCGUUCUCCCUCCACGGAAUCAACAGCAUUUGGAAGUUUGAUGGGGAAGAAAGCAAGGCGCUCUCUGCGACGCCCGCCAAUGCCCGCCCGGCGGCAUUCAUGAAACAAGCGUGA